AUGGAUAUCGAUCCCAAGUACGAUAACUACGACUUCCCCUACGAGGCCAAGGAGGCUCAGAAUGGCCACGCCGGCCAUCUUAACGAGGCUCAAAUCGCUCAGGUCCACCAGCUGCGCAUGAUGCUCGAGGCCGAGGGCUUUACGGAACGUCUCGACACGCUGACUCUGCUGCGCUUCCUCCGCGCUCGCAAGUUUGACGUCUCCCUGUCGAAGCAGAUGUUUGUCGAGACGGAAAAGUGGCGGAAAGAGACGGACCUCGACAACACCAUCGCUACCUGGGACUACCCCGAGAAGACCGAGAUUCAAAAAUACUACAGGCAGUUCUACCACAAGACCGACAAGGAUGGCCGCCCCAUCUACAUUGAAACGCUUGGCGGCAUCGACCUGACCGCCAUGUACAAGAUCACCUCCGGCGAGCGCAUGCUGCACAAUCUGGCAGUCGAAUACGAGCGGCUCGCCGACCCCCGUCUGCCCGCCUGCUCUCGCAAAGUCAACAACCUCACCGAGACCUGCUGUACUAUCAUGGACCUCAAGGGCGUUACCCUAACCAAGGUCCCCUCGGUCUACUCGUACGUCAAACAGGCCUCGGUCAUUUCGCAAAACUACUACCCCGAGCGCCUGGGCAAGCUCUUCCUCAUCAACGCGCCCUGGGGCUUCUCGACCGUCUGGAGCGUCGUUAAGGGCUGGCUGGACCCCGUCACCGUCAAGAAGAUCCAUAUUCUCGGCGGCGGCUACAAGAGCGAGCUGCUCAAGCACCUUCCUGCCGAGUCCCUGCCCAAGGAGUUUGGUGGCAUCUGCGAGUGCCCCGGUGGCUGCGAGAACAGCGACGCCGGCCCCUGGAAGGACCCCGAGUGGGCUCGCCCCGCCAAGUGGGAAAAGGCCGCCGUCACCAACGAGCCCUCAUCAAUCACCAAGCCCGCCGAGACCGAAAAGAAUGCUGCUGCUGCUGCUGCUGCGCCCACCGAGGAGGAGAACCUUGUUCCUGCCACUGCCACUGCUUAA